CAGACAGUGCGUGUCGCCGGUCAUCGCAAACACCUGGGACAUGGUCAUGCUCACUCUCCGCUUCCAAGCAUGUUGAUCUAUCUAGCUAAAUUAAAACAGUUGUGACUCACACGGCUUUGUGUUUAUUUCCGCCUGUAACAUAAACUAGUUCGGUACCUACAUGCAUACCGUAUGCUGAGGUUGACUGAUACCUAGCUAGCGACGUGGGUGGUUAUGGACCGAAGCCCUUCUUGGCAUAAACAUAAUGGUGACUUCCUCCGUUAAGGCCAAGGUUCGUUAAGAUGGAAUGGUGCAAACUAAUGGAGUCACCUACUGCGGCCUGAAAAGAUUCAACGCCAUGGAGAUACAUCCAUUAUGCACUAAGCUUUGCCAUCAUAAAACCGUGGAACUGAAGGAUGACGUGUGUGAGAAGCAGAGUGCAGUCACAGUUAACCCACGGCACAUGAAGAAAGCAUUCCGGAUUAUGAACGAGCUACGCAGUCAAAGUGUGCUAUGUGAUGUGACCAUCAUAGCGGAGGAUGUAGAGAUUGCGGCCCACAGGGUGGUACUGGCUGCUGGGAGCCCCUACUUCCAUGCCAUGUUUACAGGUGAGAUGAGUGAGAGCCGACAGAAGAAGGUGCGCAUAAAGGAGAUUGACGGCUGGACUCUGGGAAUGCUGAUUGACUAUGUUUAUACUGCUGAGAUACAGGUCACUGAAGAAAACGUACAGGUGCUCUUGCCGGCUGCGGGCCUGCUCCAGCUGCAGGAGGUGAAGAGGGCGUGCUGCGAGUUCCUCUCCACCCAGCUGCACCCGACCAACUGCCUCGGCAUCCGCGCAUUCGCCGACCUCCAUGCCUGCUCGGACCUUCUCAACCUGGCCAACGCCUACGCCGAGCAGCACUUCUCAGAGGUGGUACAGUGCGAGGAAUUCCUCAACUUGGGGAUGGAACAGGUUUGCAGCCUCAUCGCCAGCGACAAACUUACAAUACCGUCAGAGGAGAAGGUGUUUGAGGCAGUCAUCGCAUGGGUCACACAUGAUAAAGAUGUGCGACAGGAACAUAUGGCUCAUCUGAUGGAACACGUGCGUCUACCUCUCCUCUCCAGAGAGUACCUUGUACAGAGGGUUGAGGAGGAAUCACUGGUGAAGAAUAGCAGUGCCUGCAAAGACUACCUGAUUGAAGCCAUGAAAUACCACCUGCUGCCAGCUGAACAGCGCUCCAUGAUGAAGACCAUCCGCACUAGGGUGCGCACGCCCGUCAGCUACCCAAAGGUGAUGGUGGUUGUAGGGGGACAAGCCCCUAAAGCCAUUCGCAGUGUGGAGUGUUAUGACUUUGAAGAGGAGAGAUGGUUCCAAGUGGCUGAAUUGCCAUCCAGACGAUGUCGAGCAGGUGUGGUGUAUAUGAGCGGUAUGGUAUAUGCUGUUGGAGGUUUUAAUGGCUCUCUGCGCGUGAGGACUGUAGACGCAUACGACCCCGGGAAGGAUGAAUGGUGCUGUGUGAGCAGCAUGCAGGACAGGAGGUCAACACUAGGGGCUGCUGUUCUUAAUGGGCUGCUCUAUGCUGUGGGCGGUUUCGAUGGUAGCACAGGCCUAGCGACUGUGGAGGCGUACAACUCUAAGACCAACGAGUGGUUCCACGUGGCCCCCAUGAACACCCGGCGCAGCAGUGUGGGAGUGGGCGUGGUCGCAGGUAUACUUUAUGCUGUGGGCGGGUAUGACGGUGCAACCCGUCAGUGUUUGAGCACGGUGGAGGCAUACAACCCGAACACCAACGAGUGGACAUACACAGCGGAGAUGGGCACCCGUCGCAGUGGAGCAGGUGUGGGUGUGCUGAAAGGCUUGCUGUACGCAGUGGGCGGGCACGACGGCCCACUGGUCAGGAAGAGUUGUGAGGUGUAUGACCCCGCCUCCAACACCUGGAAGCAGGUUGCUGACAUGAACAUGUGUCGCCGGAAUGCAGGCGUGUGCGCAGUCAGUAACUUGCUAUAUGUGAUUGGUGGUGAUGACGGCUCAUGCAAUCUGGCAUCGGUGGAGUUCUAUAACCCCAGCACGGAUAAGUGGACCAUGCUUGCCACCUGCAUGAGCACUGGACGCAGCUACGCAGGUGUGUCUGUCAUUGAUAAACCUCUCUGAGCAGCUGAGGAGCUAAACCCUGUUCAAGUGGAAGCCGAUAUGCUAGCUGAUGUGAUGCUGAAGAGUAGCUCACACUGAAUCUCUGGAAGAGGCAUAAGGUUCUCCUGGAGCUGCUUCACCACAGAGAUGGCCUGGAGAAAACUGCUCUCUCUCUCUCUCUCUCUCUCUCUCUCUACCCCCAUGUAUCUGUCUAGAUAUCUCUUCCACAAGCUCUCUCCUCAUUCACGCUCAGUUACAAUUAUACAACUUUUAUUUGGCUCUUCACACCAUUCCUUGUUUUUCUCAGUCAUUUCUCUCUCUCUCUCUCUCUCUCUCUCUCUCUCUCUCUCACCCCUCCCCUUUUAUUUGAGAGUAGUUACAGUAUGAUGAAGAUUAUUGCACUUUUGCAGUGAAGUACUAACCAAGUGGGGGAGGUUCGAACCCUAAUGCUUCUGUUUUGGCUCGUGAGGUCCGACUUGUGCAAAUAUGCAUCUUGCAACACUAACACUCUCGAGUCUGAUCGAAAAGACGGCAGGGAGAUUUUAGGCUGGAAGGACUUCUUGAUGAGCCUCUUUUGCCAAUUUGGGGAUGUUUUUGAGAUCAAACGUGUUGAAACGGACCAGCACUUUCUUGCCUUUCCGAUGCUCACAGUCUCACUGGAGCAAAGAGAAGCUUUUACAAAGGACGGACCUUGGUGCAGAAUGCCAUGGGAUAAUGCCAUGAGAUAUUGAUCCCAUUUGAAGGGUAGAAACGAGCAUCGCUUGCCUGUGGAUGAUGGCAGCGUCAAGCGGAAGACCGAACAGAACGCUGCCUUGAACAUUUAGUGAGAUUUUGUUUGCCAAAACGCGUUCGCGAAGUCUUAACCCCUCCCCCGAACGCAUUUUGUUUAUCUCUUAUGGAACAUAUCUUUUAAUUGUGAUCCAGUUGCGUGUGAUUUGCGGUUAUUGAUGUAUUAGUGACGCGCUGAUCUAUUGCUGCGUAUGUCUGGGUAUGCACGGCACUGUCGACUGCUGCUGGCUGCUUGGAUAUGGAGGCGCUCUGCAUGGAUCUAGGUUCUUGCGUUUUGUGUGAGUACCAGUUUUUUGUUUGAUUUUUUUUUUUUUUUUUUUAAUUACUGACGUGGUCCAUUCGGUUAUGAAUGUGAUGCGUGCCCAGCCCUCUACCAGUUGUUCUGAACACUGACCAAAUGUGUGUAGAUGCUCUUUUGUGCAAGUGUUUUUUCUUUCUCUUUCUCUUUUUCUAGCUUUUAAUUUCCUAAUAUGUAUGUAUUUACUCUAAUCUUUCUAUUAUUAUUAUUAUUAUUAUUAUUAUUAUUAUUAUUAACGGCAGUAAUAAAUAUAUCUGUGUGUUGGUCAAGAGGAAUGCAGUGUACUUGAAUCGUUUCAUAACUUGUUUUAUAUUAUAAAUAAUAAACAUGCUUCUUGUAUUUAAACCA